AUGUCUACCACAAAAGCCUCGAGGAUCGGUGAAGAAACGAGGGUUGACAAAGUCAAUGCGGAGUUAGUCACAUUGACUUAUGGUACAAUUGUUGCACAAUUAUGUCAGGACUAUGACUCAAACUACCAGGAAGUGAACAAACAAUUAGACAAGAUGGGCUACAAUAUUGGUAUGCGACUUAUCGAAGACUUUCUGGCAAAGUCGGGCGUCGGCCGAUGUUCCAACUUCCGGGAAACAGCAGACAUGAUCGCAAAAGUCGGGUUCAAGAUCUUUCUUAACAUCUCGCCUACCGUAACGAAUUGGACCAGCGAUAAUAAUCAGUUCUCUCUUGUCUUCGACGAAAAUCCGCUAGCCGACUUUGUCGAGUUGCCAGAUGAUGGAAGGGCGCAGGAUGAGCUGUGGUUUUCUAAUAUUCUGUGUGGUGUCCUGCGAGGUGCUUUGGAGAUGGUUCAAAUGCAGGUCGAAGCGCAUUUCGUUAGCGAUGUGUUGCGGGGUGAUGAUACUACAGAAAUGCGGGUAUCUCUGGUUAGAUAUAUUGAAGAUGAAAUGCCACCGGAGGAGGAGUAACAAGCAUAUGGAAAACAAGAAUGCUGUAGAGGGUUGUGGCGUACGGUGUUUGGGAUUCGAUGGCCUCUGUUCU